AUGUAUCUUGGCGUGUCUAAUAACAAUCUGGCUUCUUCAACACUGUCUUUCUUCCGUGAGGCAGUUCAGAAGUUUGGAUUUCCACUGAGGGUCCGAGGCGAUCAUGGAGGAGAGAAUGUGGAUGUGGCCAGCCUUAUGUUCUCGGUUCGGGGAACAGGAAGAAGUAGCUUUAUUGCGGGUAAAAGUGUUCACAAUCAGAGAAUAGAGCGAUUGUGGCGCGAUGUGUUCACUGCCGUUACCUCCCAUUUCUACCAUGUCCUGCACCAGCUGGAAGAAGAUGGACAUCUUGAUCUGUCCAGCAGUCUGCACAUCUUUUGCUGUCACUAUGCCAUCAUCCCACGCCUCCAAGCCCACCUCGACAUAUUCCGAGAUGGAUGGGAUAACCAUCCUCUUUCAACUGAGGGCAAUCUAACUCCAAAUCAGCUGUGGCACCUGGGGCAGCAGUACCAUUCUGAAGAGUGUGAUGAAAUUCUACAGAUUCCACAAAUAGAUUGGGAAAGCAGUGGUCUUAUCCCCAGUCACACAAAUUCUGGCAUCCAUGUCCCUGAAACUGAAUGUCCACUGAGCCCACUGGAACUAGAUGGACUAAAGUCUACUGUGGACCCAAUGCAGCCAUCAGACAAUUUUGGGGCAAAUGUUUACAUAGCAGCACUGCAAUACAUGCAUAGCAUUGGUUAUAUCUAAGACGCUGUAAGGAUCAGCAAUGUAUAAGUGUGUGGGG